UAGGCACACCGAAAAUAACAUGGUAUGCGCCAAGGACGACCAAACGCUCUGCACCAUCAGAGACGUCCGGCCAGACGCAGUACAGAAGCGCUUUUCCGUAACCGUCCGUCCGCACUAUACCGUCGCGACGCUGUACGAGGAUGUCAGGCUACAGACGGCAUACAGUGACUUCGAGCUAAAUCUUAUCGGUACUGAAACAGACGAACAGGUUCCCUUGCACGAAAGGCAACAAGAGAAGCUUUCCGAUGUCGGUAUAAAGUUUGGCACCGUGAACAACCUGCUCAUUGUUCCACGGAUUACUAAUCCACCAUACUUGUUGACAGUAGAUGAUAUGUACUCAGAUGACGACCUGGCUCUUGGUGCAUCAGCAAGCCCGGUAGAGUCCGGUAACUAUAAUAUCCCAGAACCGUCGCAAAUUCAGCCACCCAUGCUUCAGCGCUUUAACAACGACCUCGAAACCCAGCAAUCAAUAAAGAGCAACAGUUUACCAGCGAUUGCCGCACCACCAGUUAACAGCAUGAGCGGUGGAAGCAUAAUUAGCAACGGCUACCACCACGGGGAUGGUGGUGGUGAAGGAGGAGGCGGAGGUGUCGGGCGGGGCAGAAGAAUUGGUGGCGAUGGUGAGAGUGGUGAACGGGCGCCACACUUUCGUGGGCUCGUCAAUCAGGCGAUGACCUGCUAUCUGAACAGUUUGCUGCAGGGACUAUACAUGACGCCCGAGUUCCGUAACGCACUGUACAACUGGGAGUUUGACGGUGAGGAUGAGGCAAAAUCGAUCCCGUACCAGCUGCAGAAGUUGUUCGUUAAUUUGCAAACCUCGCCAAAGUCGGCCGUCGAGACAACGGAUCUGACACGUAGUUUCGGUUGGGAUUCGGCCGAAGGUUGGCAGCAGCACGACAUCCAGGAACUGUGCCGCGUAAUGUUUGAUGCGCUCGAGCACAAGUUCAAGCGUACGGAACAGGCGGACCUAAUUAAUCGGCUCUACCAGGGCCAUAUGAUCGAUUAUGUUAAAUGUUUGGAAUGUAACACAGAGAAGCAGCGUGAGGACAAAUUUCUGGACAUACCAUUACCAGUGCGUCCAUUCGGUAGUACCGUGGCGAAUGAGUGUGUCGAGGAUGCGUUGCAGGGCUUUGUGAAGCCGGAAAUUUUGAACGAAAGCAACCAAUACUUCUGUGACACCUGCAACAAGAAGUGCGAUGCGCACAAGGGACUUAAGUUCACCAAGUUCCCGUACAUCUUGACGCUGCAUCUGAAGCGUUUCGAUUUCGAUUAUCAAUCUUUUCAUCGAAUCAAGCUGAACGAUAAAGUAACCUUUCCCGAGCUGCUGAAUUUGAAUCACUUUGUUAGUUCGACGCCUUCGUCUGAUUAUAAGCUCACAACCAGUACGAUUGCAGCUGCGGCGGCUGCUGCCGCUGCCGAAUCUUCGUCAACGAAUGGUACCGCAAAUGGCAAUGGACCGAUGAUGAUGGAGACGGCCGAAAACUUUAUGAAAUCGGACGAAUGCAGCACGACGGACAGUGGUUCAGCACUCGAGGAGGAUUCGUUCCAGAAUGGUGGUACUUCCGUAUCAUCGACCACCACCACACCGAAUGAUCAGUUUAUGGCGCAGGAUGACGAUGAGGGUAUCGAUAUGGAUUUGACGACCAAUGGUGAUAGUCACAGCAAAUCGUCACCGAUGAACAGCAGCUUCAACGCACCGGGCCCGUACAAGUAUGAACUGUUUGCCAUCAUGAUACACGCGGGCAGUGCUUCCGGUGGCCAUUAUUAUGCGUACAUCAAGGACUUCAAGAGCGGUCGUUGGUUCUCGUUUAACGAUCAAACUGUUCUGCCGAUUACUCAAGAGGACAUUCACAAAUCGUAUGGAGGUGGAUCGUACAAAACGUCCUACACCGGGGCAUACACGUCCAGCACCAAUGCCUAUAUGCUGAUGUACCGGCAAAUCGAUAGUGAGAAGAAUGCUCUUCCGAUCUCGGAGGAACUAUUUCCCGAGCAUAUUAAGCGCUUGGUAAUGAAAAUUCGAGCCAACGAAGGCAAUCACAGUCGAGAUCAUCUGGACAUGACUAGAAUCACGGUGGCGUAUGCAAAUCCCCGGACACGUACCGUGAAAGGCCAGCGAAUGGCAGUGUUUACCAGCUCGACACUAGCGGAAACGGUACAGGAAGCCAUACGAGUGCUUCAUCUGAAGGGUACAGUGCCGGUAGAACGUUGCCGUCUAGUCGGAUACGAUAGCAAUGCGCAUACCAUUGAGCGUAGUUUUGAAGGACAUGAGGACAAAUCGAUUGACGAGGUGAUGAGAAUGCUGAAACGCUGCGACGCACUGCUGCUGGAGGUUCGGGAAGAAGGCGAAACGUUCGAGGAAUAUUUAGUGCAAGGCGUUAUGACUAAGGUGUACAAAGUGGACGUGAAUGCCCGUGACGUGGAGGGUCCACUGUCGAUACGAGUCAAUCUGUCCCAAACAGUAGCACAAUACAGAGCUGUGAUCGCGCGCAAGCUAAAGCUGAACCCGAAAACGAUACUGAUCGGCAUGACGGUGCACAAGGACAGUGCGAAGCUCCUGCAGAACGACGACGCAACGCUGGAGGACGAACAUUUCAUUGAAUACUGCAAGGUGUUUGUGACGACGGUACCACAGCAGACGGGAGAUGAUCCCGAACAGUACUAUGCACGGUUCCGCACGUUCAUGCAACGGUUGGAUCAUCUGGUGUCGCUGUACAUACUGUUGCCCAAAAUGGAGCCAGACACACUUGAAAACCUCUCCAUUCCUCGCCUAUCCAAAGAGACGCUGGCUGCGAUCGCUGGAGCGGAUCACCAGAUAACAACCACCGGCACCGGAGACAGUAACAGCGAGGACAGCAGCCUGAGCGAUAAUGAUCGCACGCUUGUUGAAGAUGACUUUGUCCACAUUAAGCUGAACGGUGAUUUGCAUUUGACCAACGGGGGCAAUGGAGCGUUGAGCAAUGGUGUCAAGAGCGCCACCACUCCGACCACCAACGGCGGUUUCAAUGAUGACGAUGACAACGAUGAGGAUGAUGAAGAUGCAAAGCUGGCCGAAAUGUUGCAAGAGUGCCGAGCGCAGGAGUACUACUUUAAGGUGACACCACUGGACACGACCGGUGGCAGCAGUAGUAAUGGUUCGUCCAAUACCACCAAUGGCAAUUCGGCGGACGACAGCAGUACACGGAGCCACAGCACCGACAGCCAGAAGCUUAUACAGGUGCUGAUAGACAAGCGGUCGUGCAACGCUUACCUGAAGUAUCGGCUGCAGUCGUACCUGCAAAUAUCGAUGGAUUACUUCAAAGUGUUUUCCUCGGACGUGCUUUGUCCAACGAACGAUAGCGCCAACUUGCUAAAAGAGCUGGAUUACAAAGAUGAUGAUCGUUUAGCGCUCGAACUGGGCCGUGUAUUGCGCAAGGGCGAAUAUAAAAUGAACGUGAGCUACGUUAACGUGAACGACAUGACGGAAGAGAUGGACAAUACCACUUUCCUGUGCAGCACGAUCGUCAAGAACGGGGAUCUGAUUGGUCAGAUAAAGAAGGAUAUUCUGGCUAGCCUACCCACAACGCUUGGCGAGGCAGCUAAGAAGUAUGCCCACCUGCACUCCAACAACUGUCGAUUGCGCCGCAAAGGCAUCAAGUAUCUGUCGACCGUGUACAAGGAUGAUGAUCGUAUUGGCAAGGACAUUACGAUGCUAUCGAGUGUCGAUGUAUUUUUGCAAGAAGUGGAUGAUCUCGCCAGCCUCACACCGAUCGAUAUCAACGAUGUAGUAUUGUUGGUGAGAAGAUGGUAUCCAUCGGAAAUGAAACUAGGAAAAUUCCAGGAAAUCCUAUUUACCGACAAACUCGAGCUGACUAAACAGCUGUCCCGCAUCAGUGGUAUCCCGCCAGAAAACGUUGAGUACGUGAAGAUCCCGCAGACGACUCUGCAUCGCGACAGUGUCUUAAACAUACAGAAUGGUUUGCAAUGGACGUCAACGCCCCAGCAUGCAGACGACUGUCAAAUUUACUGCGUUGGCACACUACUCUACUAUCGCGAUCGCAAAGAACCGCUAAAGGAGCUAACGCCGGAGGAGCGCAAAGAACUGACGAAGAAGGACGGCCGUACCAGCUCGACCUACUCACCCCGCAAGGAACGUGCGCUUAAAAUCUAUCUUGAUGCAUCGCCCAAGAAGGCCGACGACUGAUCAUCAUCACCCUCGGACGAUGGCGAAGUGGU